AUGUCUCAAUCAACCACCAACCCAACCACACUGGAGGAGGCGAUGACGGAGAUACACGAGCUGAAAUUCCACAACAUGCAGCUGAAGCAUCAUCUCGAGCUAACCCGAAAGCAGACCGAAACCGCCAUCCAACGCUCCAACGAAGCCUCCAUGGAACUGUACGCGGCCAACCACAAGAAGGCCGAGCAGGACGUUACGAUCGCCGAACUCCAACAGUCUUCGGACAAUGCUCGUCGAGCUUACGUUGAGCUGCAGUACAAAAUCGACAUGGAGAAGAUGCCCCUUUACGCUGUGACGAUGGAGGGCGAUGAAGUCGAUGAGGCGAUCGAUCGGGAGUUGAAUGGGGGUUCGUAG